UUGAAGAUAUCAGUCCAAUAGCUUACUGUUUGCUCAGAUAAGGAUUUCAAGGGGUGGCCAAUGUAUUCCUUUCGGGACGAUGAACGAUGAACAAUGCCCUGCCUUCAGUUACUGGCCACAAUGCAAGUGGGCAAGUUGUGCCGCUUGGCUCUGCGCUUCUGGAUGGGAUUGACCCUGGUGCUGGGCUGCUUCUGUCACUACUAUUGCCCCACUCGGAGGCGUCUGGUGUAUUCCCGACUUUUGCAGAUCUUCAACUGGGUGAUCAUGAUCGUAAACUUGGGAAUGUAUUACUUCUAUUUUAUAUACGCCACGAAUUACUUUGCAAAGGGAACAUUCAGGCGGCAGACAUUCGUAAUUCAGCUGUGCAAUUGCAGUGUUAAUUUGCAGCUGCUGAUAAUCAUAGUCCAAAGUAUAUGGCGAUUGCUAAGGGAACAAGAGGUGUGCCAGGCAUAUAACGAGUUGUCCGAGAUUUUGGAAGAAGACCUCCAGCUGAAGGAACACAGUCGUUUCUACAGCCUGGCUUUCCUGGCCAAGAUCCACAAUUUCAUACACAACUUCAACUUUGCGCUGAGUGUCCUGAUGAUUUGGGGCUUGCGACCCUUUGAAGUGUCUGACUUGUUGGCCAACUUUUUUUACGUUUACAACUCCCUGGCCAGGGAUUCCUUUCAAGUGGCCUACAUCCUAGUCCUUCUCAAUGUGAGUGAGGCACUGCGCCAGAACAGACAGCAGGAGCCAGGCAACUAUCUCCAAUUCAUGAGGAAACUACGCAGACAUGAGCAAUUGAUGGAGAUUGGGAGGCGAGUGCAUCGAAAGUUCGCCUGGCUGGUGGCUGUCGUCCUGUUUUACCAAGUCUACUUCAACACGGCCACCAUUUAUCUGGGCUACUCCUUCUUUGUGCAGCGGGAGGAGCCCUUGGGCCUGUGUGGCUGGAACUUGAAGAUCCUGCUCACAGUCAUGUCCAUUUCGGUCAAACUUUUUGAUGCCCUGCUUUUGCAGAUUAUCUGUGAAAACCUGCUGACCGAAGAGAACCAAAUCUGCCGGAGUCCCAAACUCCAGAGGCAGGAUGUCAACUCCAAGGCGGUUCACAGACAGUGGGAAAUGUCCGCUUUGAGACGUGCCAUUAGACGAGCCUCGUCGGAGAACAAAGUGCUGGGAAUGUUCAGAAUGGAUAUGCGGUGUGCCUUUGCCCUGAUUAGCUGCAGCGUUUCCUACGGCGUCAUUAUCAUUCAGAUCGGAUAUAUCCGUGGCUAAAUUAACCCUCGCGUAG